GUAUCUUUGUUUCAGACAUAUCCAUAGUUGAAGCCUUUCUUCAUUUCUAGCGGUAGAUCAAGAAACAUGGCAAACCGUCCGCAUGUUCCAAAGUUUGGGGACUGGAGCAACCAAGAGCAGCCAUUCACGGUCGUGUUCGAUAACGCGAGGACAAAACGAGCAGACUUGUACGGAUCUUUAGAGAACUCAGAUAUCCAAACUCCACCUCAACCUGCUCCUAGAAUUCCACGACCUGAACCACCAAAACCGGCUAGGGAGGGCACGCCAAGAGCUCCUCCACCAACAGAGAUCCGAAACAAAGUCAGAGCUCCUCCUGCUGAUAAUCUCUACGGAGGAGGCAGAGAUGGAGGAGGAUUAUACGGAGGUUAUGUUGGUGGAGGCGGUUCAGGAAACCGGCAAACGCAAACUCCUCCUCGUCCUGCACAGGCACCGCCUAGGCCCAAUCCUAGAGGCGGCAGCAACGGAAGAGGAGGAGGGACAACGAUUCCACCAUUUCCAGGGUCAGUGGGUUCAGGGGAGAACAUGAGUUACACACACAUAUUCGACAAAGUCAAGGAAGAGAGGCGAGAAGGUGCCAGAUCCUACGGUGGGACAGGUGACAACACUCCAUCUCGCCCCAUCAACGGUCAACAUGAAUCUACCUCCCCGAACUCCUCCAAGGUAAUAUAUAUUGUGUAUUCAACACACAACUAUUUUGACAUCCAUAUCAUUACAUAUCAUGUGUGUUUAUGUGAAAGAGUAUGCGCAGGUCUGCUGCUUCCCAUGGUCUCGGAAGGGAAAGUAAAUACUGAAGACAAAUGUACAUAUUCUUGGACACAUCUCUUUGUCUUUUGUGUGUUAUUUAUUCUUUCUUUCUAUUUUUUGUAACAAAAGGAGUGAUUUUGUUGUGAACAACGUUGGAGUAAUUAAUCAUUACUAAAUCUAGUAGUGUGUUUUGGUUGUGUAGUUUAUCUCUGUGUAUUGAUUCUCAAGAAAAUACUUGCGUAUGGAAGUAAAUAUGUGCAGACUGUAUGUUUUCUAUUUGUUGCGCUAUCUUCAACGUUUGCACAAGAAUUGAAAUCAAAUUAAUUGUACAAGAAUGCUAGACGUCAAAAUUUUAAACAGAGAUGUCUCUCUUUCUAUGAAGGUGUUUGGCUCUUUCACUGGUCUGUAUAGGUCCCACGAAUUGAGUGUAUAAUGUGGGGCUGCUUAAGCUUUUCUCGCUAAUCUUUCCUUCCGCUAAUACCUACCAUAUUUGAAAAGAGAGAAAAGCCAGAGAAACAUACGUAAAUGGAAAGAAACAUAUGGGCUGAGUUGGGCCCACCGAAAGAGAAUGACCACAACGUUUCAAGUUCACUAUGGGUUGAACUUGGGGACUUUCUAGGGUUGUCGUCAUUUCUUUUGCAGCCAUCUCAUAUAUACAGCAACUAAAGAUUUGAAUAGCAACAAUGAUUUAUGACGUCAACUCUGUUCUCUUCAGACCCUUCCUGAGCCAAAAAGGAACUUCCGACACAAGGAGAGUCGAGGAUAGACCAAGAGACCAGAAGCCUAAAGCCAGCGACAACAAACCUGUCAUGAAUGAAUAGAUCUAUCCUUUGUUAUUAUUAUCUUGUUCAUGUAACGUUUUUGUUCUAAGAAGAAUUUUAGUUUUAAAUGGUUGAAAUUUUAGUGUUCUUUCCUUUGCAACUCAUUAUUUAUGUAUUGAUCAUACAUACCCAGCUCCUUAUAUGUCAAAUUACAGAAAUCCAAUACACCAAACACACAAAGUAACACUUGAC